UCAGGAUUUCUCUCCUUCUGCUUCACUAAAGCUGAGAGUGACAGCGCAGCGCCACCCGGAAGGCACGAGACGAUCAGUGAAGAGCCGAGAAUGAACCGCUUCAAGACGUCCAAGUUUAAAAACACCACUCCGAAGAUCCCUAAGAAAGAUGAGUGGAUCGCAAAUGUGCGAGGAAGCUCCCUCAACUCUCAGGGCAACCAGAUUAAAUCCAGCUGCAGCCUCAUGGCUUUCAACACCGACCAGGCUGGUGGUGGAAUGGUGGGGGUUUGCUCACUUGAUCCCGAACCUGAUGGCAAAUGGACGAUAACUCAACUUCCUUGUCAUGCUGAUCAAGUGACUGAUCUGGAUUUCUCCCCAUUUGAUGACUAUCUCUUGGCCACCUGCUCAGCUGAUGAAAUGGUAAAGGUAUGGCGUGUGUGUGAUCCAGGUCAGGAGCAGCCUGUAAGUGCUGAUGCAUCAUUAAAGCCUGGUGAAGGAAGACUGGAGCUGCUGCUUUUCCAUCCCACUGCUGCAGGCUUGCUGGCGGUUGGCUCAGGCAGGGGCAUACAGGUCUGGGACACCAGCAGAGACAAAGCCCUGGCAGUUCUGGAGCAGCAUAAAGAGCAGUUGCAAGGUCUGGCCUGGAAAGAGGACGGCUCCCUGUUGGCCUCCUCCUGCAAGGACAAAAACCUGCGCAUCUUUGAUGUGAGAGCACAGCUGACUGCAGUCCAGUGUGCUCAAGUUCUUCAUAGUAACAAGGAUUCUCGUGUUCUCUGGCUGAAAGAUGAUUAUAUCCUCACUACUGGAUUCACUCAGAUGCGGCAGCAGGAAGUGCGGCUGUGGGAUUACAGGAAGCUGAACUCCUCUCUGAGCUCUGUGUCUUUAGCCACAUCCAGUGGGACUUUAAUGCCAUUAUAUGAUCCUGAUUCCAGUCUCCUCGUAGUGUCAGCAAAGGGAGACAGUGUGAUCGACUGCUUUGAGGUGACCACAGGCGAGCCAUGCCUUUCACAAGUGAGUCACUGCCUGAGUGACAUGUCCACACGUGGAAUAGCAGUGGUGCCCAAACUAGCACUGGACGUAAGCUGUUGUGAAGUGCUGCGGGUGAUGCAGCUGACUGACAAUUUCAUCAUCCCAAUCAGCUACCAGGUGCCUCGCAAGGCAGGACAGGACUUCCAUGCUGACCUAUAUCCUGAUACUGCAGGCCACACGGCAGCCAUGACAGCAUCUGAAUGGUGGCAGGGAAUGAACAAGCAAGUGGAAAAGGUCAGCCUUCAUCCAGACAAGAGACCAAAGGGGAAAGUUCUGCUCGCCAAUCAGGUCACAGCAAAGGAGCUACCUCAGGGAAAAAGUAAAGAGGUGCCCUCUACCUCUAGUAGUGUCCUCAGUACUCCCAGCGACAGUGUGGUUCCAUCUCGCUCCCCCUCAUCCACCAGCAGUCUGUCCUCUGGAUUCUUCCCCAGCCCCAGCCAGAGCUCCCGUGCCAUCCAGAACAUGCUGGGCCCAAGCUCCAAGUUCCGUCAUAUACAGGGCACUGUUCUGCAUCGUGACACCCAUAUCACCAACCUGCGUGGCAUGAGUCUGACUACACCUGGCGAGUGUGAUGGCUUCUGUGCCAAUGGGCAGCGGGUGGCAGUGCCUCUUGCCAUUGCAGGGGGACAAAUUGCUGUGCUUGAGCUCUCUCAGCCUGGGAAGCUGGCAGACACAGCAUUACCCACCAUCCAGAACUCAGUCAGUGUGGCUGACUUCUGUUGGGACCCUUUUGACCCUCACAAGCUGGUGGUUGCUGGUGAUGAUGCAAAGAUCCGUGUGUGGAAAAUUCCAAAAGGUGGACUGGUGGAAACACUGACUGAACCUGAGUGUGUUCUACAGGGACACACUGAGAAAAUCUACUCCAUUAAGUUCCAUCCCCAGGCCUCGGGUCUGUUGGUUUCCUCAUCAUAUGACAUGACUGUGCGACUGUGGGAUCUGGAAAAUGGAAAGGAAGCCAAGAAACUGAGUGGACACCAAGAUCAGAUAUUUGGAAUGGCUUGGAGUCCCAAUGGCAAGUUGUUGGCUACUGUGUGUAAAGAUGGAAAAGUGCGUUUGUUUGACCCACGCAAGUCUACUGAGCCCAUCCAGGAGGGCUCUGGUCCUGAGGGCCACAGGGGUGGCCGUGUAGUCUGGGUGUGUGAUGGCCAGUACCUGCUGGUAUCAGGGUUUGACUGUCGCAGUGAUCGACAACUUUACCUGUUCUCUGCUGAAUCCUUGGCCUCUGGACCUGUGGCUACUGCAUCUGCUGACGUGUCACCCUCAACUCUCAUCCCAUUCUAUGACGCUGACACCAGCCUUGUUAUUCUCACAGGGAAGGGUGACACACGUGUGCACAUCUAUGAGAUUAUAACAGAAGCCCCUUACUUUAUGGAGUGCAGCAGCUUCCACUCCUCUGAGCCACACAAGGGCUUGUGCUUCCUGCCAAAGACGGUGUGUGAUGUACGUGAUGUAGAGGUGGCCAGAGCUGUCAGACUUAGCAAGACCACCAUUGAGCCAAUGGCCUUCAAAGUACCUCGUGUCAGAAAAGAGUUCUUUCAGGAUGAUGUGUUCCCUGAGACAGCAGUGUGGUGGGAAUCAGCUCUGAGUGCUGCUGCCUGGCUCUCUGGUUCUGACGGACAGCACCGCAAAAUCAGCCUACAACCUAAAGACAUGACCCCUGUGAGCGAGGUUCCUAAGGAAGCACCAGUGAGGAAGUACCUCCCUUCUUCUGUGUACCUUGAAGAGAAGACAGAUGAACAGAAAAAAGAGGAGCUUUUGAAUGCCAUGGUAGCUAAGUUGGGGAACAGGGAAGAUCCACUGCCACAGGAAUUGUUCGAGGGGGUGGACGAAGAUGAAUGGGCGAAGUAUCUGGCUCAGAUCGUGGUAAUGGGAGUGCAGGUGGUCGGCCGGGCUUUUGCACGCGCUUUACGACAGGAGUUUGCAGCCAGUCAGGCCGCAGCGGAGGCAAGAGGAAGAGCAGGUAAACAGUCUGCUGCAGUGUCCAGCUUCACUGGAAUGAGUCUGCAGGAAGCACAGCAGAUUCUGAAUGUAUCGACACUGAACCCAGAGGAAAUCCAGAAGAAAUAUGAACAUUUGUUUAAAGUAAAUGACCGAGCAGUUGGUGGCUCUUUCUAUCUGCAAUCUAAGGUGCUAAGGGCUAAGGAGCGUCUCGAUGAAGAACUCGCAAUUCAGAAGCAAGACGAACCCCCAGAGCAGAAACCGCCACAUACAUGAGUCCUACUGUUCCCUUAAUCCCUCCACUGUAAAUAAUGUCUUUGCCUAAAUAAAGCUUUAUCCUUUUUAGUAUUGUCCUAUUGGGCUUGGAAAGGGUGGGGGUGGGUUUGCGCUCUCUCCCCCUACUUCACACAUGUGCACAGCUUAAUCAGUAUACAGACAAAUGCUGGGCAGAAGGAAACAAAUUAUUUCCAGUGUCACUGAAAAACAACUACGAACAAGUGUUGCCAGGCAAAACAAACCUCACCCCGUAGCACUUAUGAAGGAAGAUAUUGUGAAAAGAUUAUUUUGACCUUGUGUGUGAACAUACUUGGCCAAUAAACAUGAUUCUGAUUGUCGCCCCCUGCGACAGCGUGUUUGUCAGCCUCGGUUCGGAGGUUUCAGUUUCGAAAACUAAGAGUAAUAUACAGUGGAAGCUCAGGGGCGCACACACUUUCCCUCUGUAAUAAGUAUAAACAUGGCUGAAAGCCCUUUCUUUAGUCCAUUAAUUUAUAUUUAUAGUAAUAAACUUCCCUGCUCUGUUGAUUUAUCAAUGGGAUUUAAAGGUGGGUGUGGUGAAAACCCCUUCCUUUGCGUAUGUAAACAAACCAAGAAACCAUCCAAUCAGCACUUUUUGGUCAGUGUAGCCUUAACUUUGGCCAGCUGACCCCCUCAAAUUCUGUAAGUUCUAUUGGAGACCAGUAACAUUUCCUGUAACAUCGUAAACCAACCAACCAAUCCAGCCGAAAACAAUACCUCGCCCCCUGGUGGACUCUGUCCUGGCCGAGGUAAAAAAAAAAAGGGGGGGGCUGGCUGGAACCACACCUGAUAGACUUACUAGACUAUGGGAUAUUAGGCAGUUUAAUUUUAUAAAAUGUAAGAAAUGGAUCCAGACCAGGCACAAUUUCCCUUCUUACCAUUGUUAGAGCUUGCAGUAUCAAACUGUGCGGCAUGCACUUUAACCAUUCUGUAAAGCUAGGCUUUCUUUAUGACUUUUCCAGUGUGUGAGGAUAAUUCUUACUGCUACUGCAAGCUUUGUUUUUGACACCCUGGACUUAGAAGGGACCGGUCUCGUAAUCGGCUGGGGGGGAUUCUGAUAACUGUGUGGCCAAACGUAAUAGUUUUAAUUUGUUUCCAAAAAGGGAAAACAAGUGGGCAAUCUCUCAUAAAGAAGAGGUAGGAGCCCAUAGUACUCUUCUUACAUUUCCAGCCCUGAUCGUCCUUCACUAAUCCCAUUUUAUUAAAUUUAACUGGUGUAUAAUAUCUGGGAAUAACCUUAGGUGUAAAUUUGCUGACUGCAUCCCUCAAUGACCAUCCAGCAUUAGACACCACCUUUUUCCUCCCAAAUAUACGAAUUCAGGUACUUUUCCCAAACCUGCCUUAAAUGAUCACAAUGAUCAUACAGGCCCUUUGCCAUUAUUUUGUAAAACGUAGAGGCAUUAAGUGCAGGCUCAGGCAUUUUAAAAUUACAUAUGUUUUACAUAUUUAAAUUCUAUCAGGCAAAAAUAUUACACAAGGAAACCACCAUCUCUACUAGUCAGCAAGAGAGAUUAAUGUGCUUAAAGAGCAGAUUCAAUACAAUAGGGCAGAUUUUGACUGGAGGGUGUGCAUUUCCUAAAUAUUUGAAAUUCAACAAAUUACCCUCUUCCCCUUGUCCUCGCUUGUAAAAUACAGGGCAGUGCUUUCCAGGGCAGUUCUUUCUACCAAUAUUGGAAAAGGAAUUAGAAAGUAAGUUUAAUAUAUCAAAUUCAAAUUUAUUAAACAUUUUCAUUGACAUCAAAAUCAAAAUAAAAAUUUUAAAUUUCUCAAACAGGAGCACACACGUUGUACCAAUUUUGCAUGUUCAUUUUAAGAACAUGAUGCCAGGGGAGAGAGAAAAUAUACAAUUAUUUAUUAAUAUUCUGUAUUUGUACUUAUACACUUAUAAUAAAAGGCACUUGGAAAAAAAAAUAAAAAUACUGAUAUUAAAAUAUUUCAAUGUGCAAAAAGAAAAGAAAACUGAAUACUGGCCUUACCUGGCCAUAGUCUUGUAUUAACCCUUUGGGCACCAGUAUGGCACUUAAACAAUUUGAGUGAAAGUUUGUCUUUUAAAUAUUUCAAAUUACACAUUUUCCAAAGUGGAAUGGUGCUUUUGUACCGUACACUUGCUGCUCUUGCUAGAAAGGUUUCAAAGGUGGAUAAUUACUGGAUCAAAGAUUUCUGUAGUUGGUGCUAAAUCAGGACACACAACCAUUCCAGUUGCUAAUGAUUCCUUAUACUAGCAGAUGCAUACUCAACAUGAACAAACUUCUCCCUAGUGCUCAGAGGGUUAAUGGGUCAAACAGCUUAUCUGAUAUUUAAACGAUGUAGACCCUGAAGGGUCGGUGUCGUGAGGAGCUUUCUCAAACAAACAGAAGAGCAAAUGAGGGUGGAGGGGAGAAAAGAAGUUUAAAAAUGUGUAAAGAAUAAUAUGGGAAAAUGCCCUGAGUGCUUUGAACUUUUAUAAACCUGCACAAAGCCACACAGUCUGGAGCUUAAAUAUCCAGAGCUGACUGGAUUUUUGUUUUUCCUCUGAUUUGUAAUAUACUGUGUAGGGCAGUAGUAUUGCCGCCUCACAACUCAGGGUCCCUGGUUCAAUCCUGGGCUCGGGUUACUUUCUGUAUGGAGUUUUAUAUGUUCAAGUGUUUGCAUGUGUUUUCUUCAGGUUCUUCUAAUAAACUAUGUCAAAGUGGGUUAAUGACA